AUGGCAGACUACCGUCCAAUUGCUCUCUGCACAGUCUUCUACAAGAUCAUAUCCAAGCUAAUGGCAAAAAGACUGCAACCUAUCCUGCAAGUCAUCAUAUCAGAGAACCAAUCAGCCUUUGUUCCUAAAAGAGCUAUAACUGACAAUGUAUUGAUAACACAUAAAAAUCUUCAUUACCUUAAGACCUCUGGAGCCACAGUUCGAGGGUUCAUGGCUGUGAAGACAGACAUGAUAUCUUACUGGUUUUCAUCAAACAUGGAUAAACUGGUUCUGCGCAAGGGAGAGUUCAACCACAAAGAGGAAUCCGCCAAGGAGACCCCCUCUCGCCCUAUGUGUUCAUUCUAUGCAGCGAGGUCCUCUCCGGACUUUGCAACAAAGCUCAGCAGAACCGUGUACUACCGGGGAUUAGAGUGUCGAUACACAGCCCCAGAGUGA